UAGUGAGAGGAAUCGCGCUCAUCACGGCGCAUGUCUGUCUAUAAACUCUUCCAGAAUCGCUCGAGGGGGUCUGAUUCAGUGCGCAACAGUUGGGACAGGACUCUGGCGCACUACAGUACCGCGAGGAAGUUUUGAGUGUAGUAAUUAAUGUGCAGGGUCUCACGUGUUUGACCUCUGAGUAUAAUUAUAACUGAUGUUAGCUUUAAAUCAGUUCGUGUGCGACAUUGAUAAAUUAAAACAUAUAGCUGUUUUGCAGUAGUGCACAGUCUUCGUUUUCGAGGCACCAAGAAAAUAUUAACAAGGCUGUCACGGAGCUCGCCGGGGACAUGGGUCAGCUUUGCGCUGCAACACUCUUACCAUUUGGUGCCAUCUGCGUUGUUUUUAUUUGGGAUUGUGGUGCCAGUUCUUCAAUAAAAACCAGAUUUGCAGUGCUCACUUCAGGGGAGGAGUGUCCAGAAAACAAGGUAGUGACAGUGGAGUACCCCUGUAUUACAGCAAGGGGCACGGAUGGCACCUGUCUCAGGAGGAAAUGCUGUGAGGGCUUCAGGUUCGUGAUGGGCCAGUGCAUACCUGAAAAUGUGGAUGUGUGUUCUGGCUCCCCCUGUGAACAGCAGUGCACCGACAACUUUGGACGGGUUGUCUGCACCUGUUACCCCGGAUACCGCUUUGAUCGAGAGAGGCAUCGCAACCACCAGACCUACUGUUUAGACAUCGAUGAGUGUGUGGAGUCCGACAGCAGUGUCUGUGAUCAUGACUGCGAGAACACCGUGGGCAGCUUCCUGUGUCGCUGUCACAGGGGUUACAUCCUGGCACCGGACAAGCACUCCUGUAUACCCAGUCACAACCUGAGCUCGUCAGUGAAGUCUGACACCCUGAUGAGUGCUGGCUCCUGCUCCCUCACCUGUCAAGACUUUGUCAACAUGAGGAACAGCCUGCUGCAGCUCAAACUGAGGCUGGGCAGCACUCAGUCACCUAACCAGGUGUUGUCUCCUGGCCUGGCUAACAGCAGUGAUAAGCCGUCUGCUGGGAGGUUGGGGAAAGGUCCUGACACCCCCGCCCUCCCUGGUCCUCCUGGCUCUCCAGGAUCCCGUGGGGUCCCAGGCCAAUCAGGAGUGCCGGGGGAGAAGGGAGAGCCUGGAGAGAGAGGCCUGACCGGCCCCCAGGGGCCACGGGGAGACAUGGGCCCUAUGGGCCCCGAGCCUGACCUGGAGCACAUCAAGAGGGGUCGCAGAGGAGCUGUGGGACCUCCUGGCGCACCAGGCAGAGAUGGACUGAAGGGUGACAGGGGAACUCCUGGUCCCAGAGGUCUACCAGGACCUCCCGGCUCCUUUGACUUCCUCCUGGUCAUGAUGGCCGACAUUCGCAUUGACAUCAUCGAGCUGCAGGAGCAAGUGUUUGGGAAGAGGCGGGGCCUCUCCUUAGACAACCCACCCCACUCCAGCGGAGAGACAGGGUUCGGAGAGUGGGGCUCCGGACAAGGAGAGCUCAUGCUCAAUACCUGAACUUCAUAGCCCUUCCCACGGUAACUGUCACUCAAAACGAUAAGCCAAAGGGAACUAAUUAAUCAACUGGUUCUUGUAAAGCAGAGACAUUGAACUGACUGAACUGACUCCUUUCCUCCAGUGAAACAUUGUCUCUAAAACCCAAAUAGGACUGUAUGAGUUGAGGAGACCUCUGAUCAGCUCUCUCCUGUCAGAGACAUAGACUAUAAACAAACGGAGAGACAGAGAGAGGGAGAGAGAGAGAAUGGCAAAAAAUGGAACCACUGACCGUCCAAACCAAACCACUGCAAGCUUUGCCUUGCCGCCUUGAUGUUUCCUUCGUGCCUGGCCUGGUCUGACUGAGGAGAGGGGGUAUGCCUUUGCAUGCGAGGCACAGGGUGGUGAUGGUUGUAGCACUGUGAGACUGUGUCUUUGUGCUCUCUGAUCUGAACGGCUUCAAACACAGCAGGGGCUUUUUCGUCUGUAUCUCUUCCUGUUCCUGUCAAAUCUGUACAGUCCGAGGAGAGGAGACGCCGGUCGGUCGCUGCCUGACACUGCUUACCUGCCCUGCAGGACCUAGAACCAGACUCAGGCCCCAGACUGCACCUGUCCAUGCAACAACCCAACUCAACAGCUUUUAUACUCCUGCCACUACACUACAGACUCUCUGAAGCAUCUUUAGAGAUACAGUACAUAUACUACAUUAGCAAAAGUAUGUGGAUACCUGCUCAUCCAACAUCUCAUUCCAAAAUCUUGGGCAUAUAUAUGGGGUUAGUCCCCCCUUUACUGUUAUAACAGCCUCCAUUUUACUGGAAAGGCUUUCCACUACAUGUUGGAACAUAGCUGCUGGAACUUGCAUCCAUUCAGCCACAAGAGCAUUAGUGCGGGCGGGC